AUGGUUCCAGUGUAUGCGACCAUGUCAUUCUUCGCGCUAGCUUUUAGCGAGUACGCGAUGUAUUUCAACACCAUCCGAGACGUCUACGAGGCAUGGGUGAUUUACAACUUCCUGUCGCUGUGUCUGGCGUGGGUGGGGGGUCCCGGAGUGGUCGUGACGUCGCUCGCUGGUCGCGUGCUCAAGCCGUCCAUCGUUCUCGGCACCUGCUGCCUGCCUCCCAUGCCGCUUGACGGCCGAUUCAUCCGCCGCUGCAAACAAGGCUGCCUGCAGUUUGUGUUCCUCAAGCCCAUCCUGGCCGCGCUCUCCCUCAUCCUCUACUCGUACGGCCUCUACAACGACGGCAACUUCAGCGCGUUUGACUCGUACCUGUACAUCACGUGCGUCUACAUGCUCUCCUAUUCCGUGGCCAUCUACGCGCUCAUCCUCUUCUACGUCGCCUGCAAGGACCUGCUGCACUCCUUCAACCCCAUCCCCAAGUUCCUCAUGAUCAAAGCCGUCGUCUUCCUCACCUACUGGCAGGGAGUCAUCAUUUUCCUCAUCGCCCACUUCACAGCCAGCCCAGAGGGAGCAGCGGACCUCCAAAACGUAAUCAUCUGCUGCGAGAUGGCGCUAGGCGCAAUUGGCUUCAUGAUUGCAUUCCCCGUCAAACCCUACAUGGUCGCGAACGUGGGCACGUCAGGGGCCGGGCCGAUGGAUUUCCAGGGGUUCGGGCUUGCAGGGCUGGGCCUGGCGAACAUGACUGAGGAGCAGAGGAGCGCGCUGAUUGCGGCGUUUAAGCAUUCUGUCAAUAUGGGGGAUGUGGUGAGCGAUACGGUUCACCAGUUCGCGCCAACCUACCAUGACUAUGUGCUGUACAGCGAUGGGUCUCAGGACAAGCCCCAGCACUACCGCACCCGCACCUUCGUGCCAGCAGGCAAGGAGAUGGAGAAUGCGCGUCGCAUGGGGCAGACCUUCAGCUCGGGCCGCACGGGGCUACUCACAGCCGAGGCCACCGCCUCGGAGCGCCGCUUUGCCAACCUCUUCGCCUCCAUCACUCCUGGCGCUGCUGCUGGCGCUGCCGGGGCGGCAAGCAAGAAAGAGAACGAGUUUGGGUUUCUGAUGAAUGAGGAUGAUAUGAUUGAGGAGGGAGAUCCUCGACUUGACCUUGAGGGGUUUGUAACUGGGUAA